AUGUUAGCGGUUGAGGUACGGGCCGGACCGACGUCGUCUGUGACGGGGACCUCGGAGGAGGAGGGGGCAACGAGCACCUCUUCGGUCGCGUUGACCGUCACGGCAGUCGGCACGCCUUCCAACGAAGUCACCUUCAACUCGACCGUGAACUUUAGACAGGCCGGCGAUGACCCCGCGCGCGUCUGGACGGCCUACAGCAAAGGAAGUCAGUUCUGGUUGUCGUGGUCGACAUCGGGCCCGGACGUCAAACUCUUGGCCGUGAGCCUGGUCAGGAUCAUGGACAAGGACGCCUCCGGCCUCGAGACCGUGCGCAACGUUAGCUUCGCCACCCCGGAAUCGGGCGCCAUCUUCACCAACAUGUCCUCCUACGGCACCCUCAUCAAUCUCACGUCGUUUGGCAGCGCCGACCGGAAGAGUCGUCGCGCUUCUGUCGCCGACACCGCUGUUGCCGCCGAUGACGAUGCCCCGAUCAAGUACAAGGAUGUGGUGGCCGUCCAGCUCGACUGGGACGGCGAUGGCGACGGCGAUGGCUAUACCGGCAGGGGAAGCUACGUCUCCGGAUUCUUCAGCGUCGUGGCAGACCAGGAGAGAAAAGACGUCAAGGAGUCGCUUGAGAAGACCAUCGAGAGUUACAGAAAUUACGAGACCGGCAUGAUUCCCCCUCCGAGAGCAGCCGUCAGCAGCAGCGGCAGACCAUCCGCCACCUCAACCCAGAGCAUCAACCCCUCUGUCAAAUCCGGCGGCGGCGGUCUCUCGACCGGUGCUAUAGCCGGCAUCGCCAUCGGUUGCGUCGUCGGCCUGGCCAUCCUCAUCCCUCCGCUGAUAUGGUUCUCGGUCGUGCGUCCGCGUCGCAAGCGCGGCGGCGUCCUCGUCGUCGUCGGGGGGAGGGGCGCCGGUCAGCAUCUGCCCAUGCUCUCCGCCAAGGGCAAGAUAUCAGGCGACAGGGUUGCCGACGAGGCAGACAGUCCAGGGGUAUAUGCCCCCGUUCAGCAGCAGCAGCAGCAGAAGCAGAAGCAGGAGGGCAGCGUAGCUACCCGGCUAGUCAACCCUGCUGCCGGCGGUGGUAGUAGUGCCAACGCUUCACCGUCCCGUGACGAUGUCGUCGACGGGCGUAGUAGCCGCGCACUCAUACAUGAGCCUGCCCCCGCCGCCCAAACGCGGACGUCUGUGAACCCCAGGCAAGAACGAGCGGCGUAUUCUCAUCUUGUCGAGGACGGCAUGACGGAGGAGCAGAUUCGCCAGCUGGAGAAGGAGGAGAGGGAGCUUGAUGAGGAGAUUGAACGUCAGCGUGCUCACGGUGAUCCACGAUGA